AUGAUUCGAUCAAUUGUGGUGCUGUUUUUGAGCACAGUGGUUACUAUUGGCUCCGGUACUGCCCUCCGUUGCACGGAAGAAACCUUCGCCAGCGUCGGUGGAGCACUGCCUAGUGCAGCAUCUUGUACCCGUUACACCACGUGUGUUGAUGGAGCCGUCCGGGAGCUGGCUUGUCCGGCUGGGCAGCACUUUGAAGUGUCGUCACGAAGCUGUAUCAAGGUGGCGGCCGGUGUCAAAUGUUCUGCACGGCGAACCGCAUUUCAGUUCGAAGAGUUAUGCACCAAUCCGAACGAUGUGACCAUUGUACCUCAUCCGACGGACUGCGCGCAGUACAUCAUCUGCUACGGGUCGGUGCCGCUAGAGCAGAGCUGUGACUAUGGGCUACUGUUCAACUCUCGCUUCGGAGUGUGUGACAUUCCCACGAACGUGGAAUGCGUGUUCAGUUGCCCGGCCGUCGAUGAUCCACUGCAACCGGUAUGGCUGCCCGAUCCGCGGUUAGAAAACUGUGCCCGGCAUUAUCUCUGCUUCCAGGGCGAACCACGGUUGUUCAUGUGCGAAAGUAAUCUCUACUUUGAUAUGGUUACGAAUACCUGUACCUAUCCACAGUACUCCGGGUGUCGCGUGCCAGGAGUUGAAUGUAGUUCCAACUUCACGGAGUAUCUCGAAAAUCGCAGGGAUUGCACGUCUUUCUACGAGUGUGCAGCUGGAUUCCCACACUUGAGACGUUGCGCGGAGGAUGAGUACUUUGAACCGAACAGCCGACAAUGUGUCGUGGGGACGUGUUCACCGGGAAUAGAAACCACAACGGUCAUCACACCCAAUACAACCACAGCUACGCCAGUAACUACGACCGAGGCCACAACGAACACAACCCAGCUCACGACAACUACGGCUGAGCUAACAACUAUUGUAACUGAGUCAACAACAACGACUGUUGAACCAACAAUAUCUAUUACUGCUGAGCCAACAACGACUACUGCUGAGCUAACAACAAUUGUAACUGAGUCAACAACUACUACAACUGAGCCAACAACAACUACUGUUGAACCAACAACACCUACUACUGCUGAGCCAACAACAACUACUGCUGAGCCUACGACAACGACGACGGAGCCAACAACGACUACAACAACUGAGCCAACCACAACAACAACCGAGGAGCCUACGACAACCAUCGAUCCGAACGAGGUUUGCGCAGGAAUAACCGUCGGCGUGCUCGAGUACCCAGGUGUCUGCUACAUGUACAUCCUCUGUCUAUCCGGUUCCGGUGUCGUUUCCGAGUGUGCACUCACGGAAAUCUUUAACCCCAGCACUCUGAUGUGCGCACCGGGCAACCGCGAAACCUGCAUCCUUAGCCUGUAG